CAGUGAAUAGGCCCAAAUGAUGCUUGUGUGCAUUUCGUUUUCAGGGGCGAUAUACUCGCAGAGUGACGCCAUUUGGUCCCUCAAUGCCUCCCGCCUGUCACAUCCAUCGAUAUUUCCCCCGCGGGGAUGACAAUCCGAGUGUGUUCUCGCAUACGUUCGCUCGACGAGUGACAUUUAAAGACAAGAAAUAGAAAUGUUGGCAAGAGAAAGAAAUGGAAUGUUCCCUAGCGACUAAGUCGGUUGCUACCAUCAUGACUCCGUUGAAUGAAUUUAAUUUCAUCGGAUCAUUUUCAACGCUGUCUUGAACGUUUGCCGCAUAUUCAGCCAGCCAGCCAGACAGACAGCCAGACAGCCAGACAGAAAGAAGGGCGAGCCGGUGUCGGAUGAGCGCCGAGCCAUAAAGCAAACGCUCCUUCCACUCAGCACGCCGGUCAUGGCCGAUUUGCCGCGCAAAAGUGUAAUUCCUCCGCUGAAUUACCACUCGUCGACCUUUGGCGGCAUUACCAAAGGGCACUUUCACGCAUAAAUUUGCCACGCAGCGGCGGCCGGGCUGUGCUUUAUCACCGCCGCCGUGAGUCCAUAGAAGAUGUAAUAAAUACUCCAUUGUCGCCAAACCUGUUGACCAACGCCAGAGGCGUAGCCAGGAAUUCUUCCAGUAGGGGCGCGCGCCCACAGGAAAAAAAAUCGAACAUCACCCACGCCGUUCGCUGAUCGCUAAAACAACAUCCGGGUCAGUGAAUGGAUAACAUCGCGCACAUAGAAUAAAUAGCGCAAGCACAUUCGCGCAGGACCGAAAGAAAUAACGGCAUGAAAAUUUUGAAUUGAAAAAGCUUGAUUUUUUUCAACCGGGGCGCAGGGAGUCCUAACCGGGGCGCCGCCCCGACUUGGCUACGCCACUGACCAACGCCGACGGUUUAGGAGUCAUGACGGGACCAAAUGCAGAAAAUAACUUGCGCAAUUUAAGCAUUCAUUAGUCGUUCCAUAUUUGGGGUCGCGCCCUCGACACGAUAUGGCGAAGCUGAGCGUUUGACCCCUCCGGAUGAUGAUGUUCCGGCAUCGUCGCAUACAUAAUGGAGGGUCCUUCCGAAUCCCCAAGCGAUCGACCGCACGUGACAACCCCCCCCGGCGAAUCCCAACCUCCGGCCUGCAGGGAAAAAAAACGCUUUAUCGCCAAGCCUCCCACUUGUGACGAUUCAAUCGGCCGCCAUGAAUUAUGCAUAAAUCUGGGAACGGGGCUCUGGGAUGCAUGACCCGCAGGCUUGGGAAGGAAAUCCUAAAAACAUGCCUGACCAUGAUGGUCGUGAUGAGGGAUUGACCGACGAGUCGCCUCCUGUUGACAUCAAGCGUGACUGAGCAGCGGAUGAGUUGGCAGCCACCCUUCACAAUAAUAAUGAAAGAAAAACAAACAAACAAACAAACAAAGGUGUGAGAUAGCGAAGCAGAAAUUGCGUCAGUGUUAGUGAAUCAUCUCAAGUGAAAUUUGGGGCGGGCGUCCAAAAAUGACCGGGCAACAUAUUUGCCUCAGGUGUGGUUUUUAGACAGGCGUUUAUGAAAUGAAUUUGAAAUAUUGAUGCUCUUGUUGUGGAAAAACAGUGGCAGAAGUGACGCCUGCUUCCGAGCGCCUAUUACUUUGAAAUGGCUGCACGGAGGCGGAAGGAGAGAGAGGAGCGAGCUGAGCUGAGCUGAGCCGAGCAGAGCAGAGCAGAGCAGACCAGAGCGGAGCAGAGGCAAGCAGUCGGCCGGGGCUCGUUCGCUGGCGCACGCCGCACGGCGCGCGUCUCCGCUCCCUUCGCUUCCCGUCCCGUCCCGUCCCGUCCCGUCCCUUCCCUCAGCUGGUUGUUGCGAUGAGGCGGAAGGAAAAGCGGCGGCGGCGGCGGCGGCGGCUGCUGCAGUUGGCCGGGCUGCUCGUCGCGGCUCUCCUCUUCCUCCCCAACGUCGGUCUGUGGUCCUUGUACCGGGACCGGGUGUUCGACAGAGCGGCGGCGGCGGCGGCCACGGCGGCGGCGGACGGCGGCUGGCGGACGCAGGGGGUGAAGCGGAUGAGGAAGGUGGUCCAGAUCGGGCCAGACGGCGUGCGACGGACGGACUGGCACGACUACGACGCCAUGCGAAGGGACGCCGCUCGAGUUGGAAACGGCGAACAGGGAAAACCGUUCCCCAUGUCCGAGAGCGAUGGGGCGGAUCUGGCCUACAGGGAGAACGGCUUCAACAUCUACGUCAGCGACCGCGUGUCGCUCAACCGCUCCCUUCCGGACAUCCGCCACCCCAACUGUAAACGGAAGCUGUACCGCGAGAAGCUGCCCAGCACCAGCGUCAUCAUCCCGUUCCACAACGAGGGCUGGUCAUCGCUGCUCCGGACGGUCCACAGCGUCCUCAACCGCUCGCCUCCGGAGCUCAUCGCCGAGGUCAUCCUGGUGGACGACUUCAGCGACAAAGAGCACCUGAAGGGGCCGCUGGGGGAGUACAUGGACCGCCUGCCCAAAGUACGCAUCAUGAGGACCAAAAAGAGGGAAGGUCUGAUCCGGACCCGUCUGCUGGGCGCCGGCGCCGCCAAGGCGCAGGUCAUCACCUUCCUGGACUCGCACUGCGAGGCCAACGUCAACUGGCUGCCUCCGCUACUCGACCGGAUCGCCCAGGACCGGAAGACCAUCGUGUGCCCGAUGAUCGACGUGAUCGACCACGACAACUUUGGCUACGACGCGCAGGCGGGCGACGCCAUGCGCGGCGCCUUUGACUGGGAAAUGUACUACAAGCGCAUCCCCAUCCCCGCCCGCUUGCAGAAGGACGACCCCAGCGAGCCUUUUGAGUCUCCGGUGAUGGCGGGCGGGCUGUUUGCCGUGGACAAGAAGUGGUUCUGGGAGCUGGGCGGGUACGACUCCGGACUGGAAAUCUGGGGAGGGGAGCAGUACGAGAUCUCCUUCAAGUUGUGGAUGUGCGGAGGUCGCAUGGAGGACAUCCCGUGCUCCAGGGUGGGACACGUCUACAGGAAGUACGUGCCCUACAAGGUCCCCGGCGGGAUCAGCUUAGCCAAGAACCUGAAGCGCGUGGCCGAGGUGUGGAUGGACGAGUACGCCGAGCACGUGUACCGGCGCCGGCCCGAAUACCGCCACCUGUCCGCCGGCGACAUGACGGCGCAGAAGGAGCUGAGGAGCCGCCUGGGCUGCAAGAACUUCAAGUGGUUCAUGAGCGAGGUGGCCUGGGAUCUGCCCGAGCACUACCCGCCCGUGGAGCCCCCCGCCGCCGCCUGGGGCGAGAUCCGCAACGUGGCCAGCGGCAUGUGCAUGGAGGUCAAACACUUUGUGUCGGGCAGCCCCGUGCGCCUGGAGAACUGCGCCAAAAGCCGCGGCGACGUGGCCUGGAGUCAGGGUCAGGUCUUAACGCUGGGUUGGCGCCAGGACAUUCGCGUGGGCCACCCGGCGCACACCAGGAAGGUUUGCCUCGACGCCGUCUCCCACAGAAGCCUCGUGGCGCUCUACGACUGCCACGGCAUGAAGGGAAACCAGCUCUGGCGCUACCGCAAGGAUCAGAGCUUGUACCACCCGGUGAGCAACAGCUGCGUGGACAGCAGCCCCAGCGAGCGCCGCGUCUUCAUGAACGCCUGCGACGCAUCUUUGCUUAGUCAGCGCUGGCUCUUCGAAAGAACCAACGGCACCGUGCUGGAGCGCUUCAACCGGGGCACCGAUUGACGGCGCCCUCGCACGGUAUACAAAACGGAGGCCGAAUAAAGAGCCGUUUGGCAAGCGGUCGAGAAGACGCCGUCGUGAGGGAGCUGCUCGGUCCAGCGGACGACGUCAAGGAUCCAAUCGGACAUCAACAACUUGAGACUGGGAUAAAGGUGGUCCCGGAGCGGGGCGGCCGCUCACCCAGGACCCUCCGAAGACGUUUACCCUCUACUCUUAAAGCGCCGGUCUCUCCGCCAAAAAAACCUCUCGGAUUUAUAACGGACGCUCUUCUUCAAAAUGGCCGCCCUUGAACUCUCGCACGUGCCGCCGACUCGUUUCUCCGAGUAGACGUGUUGAUUUUGUAUCUGGUGAAGUUGCUGUGUCACAUGUGCACGUGGAAAAGCAACAUGAAGGCGAAAAACGCGGCGCCAACGGCGAAACACGAAGACUCGCUGGUCCCGGAAACGGACAAAAAGAGGCAAAAAAGGUGACCUUUGAGGUUCGAGCUCUGCAAAGUUGUCAAAAUCCGGUUCCGUUGAAUUUGUACAAACACCGGUGGAGGUAAAUAAA